UUCAGUCCAUCGUAAAACGUUCCCGUGUGCAUCGUCGUUGCGUGCGUGCACCACCCUGUAUAAUCCGAUUCGAUUCGCAGUCGCGUUUGCGUUCCCGUGUGUCAAGUGCCUGCCCCGCUGACGGACAGAUGAACGGAUGAGACUUUAGUGAUCCGUUUUUGGUUGUUUUUCCUCUUUUUUUUUCUCUUUCUCCCUGUUACUUUCGUCCUAAGAUGUUAAUUUCGAACGGGAGCGCGACUCUGAGCGGCGGCAACGAUUUCACGAGUGUCCAAGCAUUGUCCGGCUGCUGUCCCGUUCCCGUGACGCCCGCCGCCCGUAACGCCAUCGUCAACUGGAAGAUGGACUCGGUCGGGCUGCCCACGCCCAACACGGCGCCCAGCGUCCUUCCCACUGCUAUUCCCUUGUCUCCUACGGUCGCUUCGUCCCCCACUAUAACGUCCCCGUCGGUGGCGGCGUCGGCCACAUCGUCCGGCGUGCCCCCGUCCCUCGGGCCGGCCCUUCGUGAGCUGUACGGAGCGUCGGGAGCUGCCCCCGGCCAUCCGCUGUCCUCCCUGGUGUCGCAGCAACGUUUCCUGGAGCUGAGCAGGUUCGGUCUGCGACACUACGAUCUGGCCCAGCACAUGCUGACUCAGCAGGGCGCCGUCACCAAACUAUUGGGUACAUUAAGGCCUCCAGGCUUAAUAGGCGGCAGCAAACCUAAAGUUGCUACUCCGGCAGUGGUAUCGAAAAUCGAACAGUACAAGCGUGAAAACCCCACCAUAUUCGCAUGGGAAAUCCGGGAAAGACUGAUAUCAGAAGGUGUAUGUACGAAUGCAACAGCCCCAUCCGUCAGCAGCAUAAACAGAAUCCUACGUAACAGAGCGGCAGAACGAGCUGCAGCGGAAUUCGCGAGAGCCGCAGGCUACGGCCUUUACCAUCCCCAUCCUUAUGCAGCUGCAGCUGCCUUCCCUUGGCAUUCGCCACUAUGGCCUAACGGCCCUUUGGGUCUGCAACCUCCAGGUAGCGCCAAUCCCAACGUUAUGGCCGCUGGUUCACCAACAUCAUCGGGCUCACCCCAUCCCGACCAAGGCCUCUUGAGCUCUCCCCCAGGUGCUUUACUCGAAAAGGACGACUCCAGUUUGGAUAGUUCCGAGCAACCAAAGUUCAGAAGAAACCGUACCACCUUCAGUCCCGAUCAGCUAGAAGAACUGGAAAAGGAGUUCGAGAAAAGCCACUAUCCCUGCGUCUCAACCAGGGAGAGACUCGCAUCGAAAACGUCGCUGUCCGAAGCCAGAGUUCAGGUUUGGUUUUCCAACAGACGAGCAAAGUGGAGACGUCACCAAAGGAUGAACCUGCUAAAGCAGACUUCACCAAGUCAACAAAGCAGCCAGUCGUCGAUGUUCGGCGGCCGAUUGACACCGUCCCCGCAUUACAAAACCGUUUCCACCCCUGGCUCACCGCACUCCACGCAUCCAGUCACUUCCGGGCCCAUGGCUUCCUCCCUUUUGCUCCAGAUGGGGGGAGAAAAUAGCGCGUUCAAGGCGCUGCACGCGAGCGCCCUGAUGGACUCGCAGGAGAACCUGCGGCAAAUGAGCGAGUACCUUUCGGACUCCGAGGAGGAGAUUAACGUGAACGACGAGUCGGACGUUGAGGACAACAUGGAGAAGGACAGAUCCAGGUCGUCGAGUCCCGUGGAGGUGGUCGAUCCACCUUCCAAGGAACCACCCUCGGUGUGUCAGCCCCUUCAGCUGACGAUGCACGAUAGACAGUAACGGAGUGUAAGUGUACAAAAACAUUCUAAUAAAAACCAAAGCAAAGUAAUUGUAAAUAGCAGGAAGGGCGCAAUGCUCAGCUGACGCAAGUUAAGGUUCCUUGAUUGAAUUAUUCUCAAGUUGUGAUGUAAUGCGGUGUGUAAUUAUUUAGACUUUAGUUCCGACGAUUAAAGUUUAGGUAACAUUCCGUGUACGAUUUUCCUCACUUCGCACUAUAAAUGUACAGAAUUUAAUUGUAACGAAUACGUACUUUAGGUUUAGGUAGAUUAGUUAAAUUAUUACCAACCGAUCAAUAAUUAAUUAUAAAUUAUUUUUAAUGUAAAUUGUUUCUUAUUGAAAUGUACAUUUUUUUUUUUUGAUUGAAGGUACUGA